GAUUAGUAAUGCCUUGAGUCUGUCAAAAAUGGCUGCGCUUUAUUAUUUUUCCAUAUUUAAAUAUUCAACGGCUUUUUCAUCCAUAUAUUAGGUACUUUUAUAAGUAUAUUUAGAUAACUAUCAUUUAUAAGAGUAGUCCGCUGAGGUGUAUAAACUUACAGACGGGACUGGGACGCUGGACUUGUUGUGUGGUCGUCCACCUGCUAUAUAACCCAGUGACUAUGCCAGCUGCCCUACAAUAGCCGUUGCAAAUGAAAAUGGAUGAUAUGUCGCUGUCAGGCCUGGAUAACACCAAGCUAGAGGCCUUGGCUCAUGACAUCUACUCAGACUUGGUGGAAGAUGCAUGUUUGGGGCUAUGCUUCGAAGUGCACCGAGCCGUCAAGCAAGGCUACUUUUUCCUGGAUGAGACGGACCAAGAAAGCAUGAAGGAUUUUGAAAUUGUGGACCAGCCAGGGUUGGACAUAUUCGGACAGGUGUACAACCAGUGGAAGAAUAAGGAGUGUGUGUGUCCCAACUGCAACAGGAGCAUAGCAGCCUCGCGAUUCGCCCCUCACCUGGAGAAAUGUUUGGGAAUGGGGCGCAACAGCAGCCGCAUCGCCAGCCGCAGGAUAGCCAGCAGCAACAACACAAGCAAGUCAGAAAGUGACCAAGAGGACAACGAUGACAUCAAUGACAACGACUGGUCAUAUGGUUCAGAAAAGAAACCCAAGAAGAGAAAGUCAGACAAGAAUCCAAAUUCCCCAAGAAGGUCCAAGUCUCUGAAGCAUAAAAAUGGAGAACUCAGCAGUAGCGUAAAUCCGGACCUUUACAAGUACAACUACAGUUCUGGGAUCAGUUAUGAGACUCUGGGGCCAGAAGAGCUCAGAUUUCUCCUGACUACGCAAUGUGGGGUCGUAUCAGAGCACACUAAAAAGAUGUGCACGCGGUCCCAGCGCUGUCCCCAGCACACGGACGAGCAGAGGAGGGCAGUCAGAGUUUUCCUCCUGGGGCCGUCCGCGUCGACACUGCCGGACCCUGAGUCAGUGCUGGAAAAUGACGGUUACGACACCCCUGAUGGACAGCUCAUCAUGUCCCGCCUCCAGUGGGAUGGCUCAUCUGACAUUUCACCUUCAGACUCCGCCUCCUCUAAAGCCAGUACCAAUAAUUCAGACUCUAAGAGACCUAAGAAAAAGAAGAAGCCUAGCUCUCUACUCGUGAGUAGUGCUGGAGUGUGUGAGAGGGAAAAAGGAGGAGAGCGAGGAGAACGAGAGAGAGGAGGAGGAGGAGGGGGAGGGGGGAGCAGCAGCAGUGUGAGUGGACUGGGUGCUGCAGGCACUAGCAGUAGCAGCAACUCCCAGAGUGCACUUGCCCUGUCAAAUCGUAAGAAGAGGCCCAGACCUCCACCUCCACCAGCCCCUAAUAUUUAUGAUGACCUGAACUAAAAGAAUAACACACACACAAACUCCACCAUGAUCAGUACACUGAAUUGUUUAUUUGUUUUUUUUUCCUUUGCUCUUUCAAAGCAGGAUAUGUGUUUGCAUAUGUGUCAUGUGUAGUUGAAUAGUGGGCUUUAAGUUGACUUGUCGUUGGUGUAAAUGUACUAUAGCAUGUCCAGACUAAAGUGAGGUGAUGUAUGCGUGUACUGGUUCUGUUUGAAUAAUUCUAUUAACGGAUUGGUUUCAAAAACCACACAAUAAUGUUGCUGCCUCUUAAUUGAUGAUGCUAUUUCUUCAGAACAGUCCUACUGCAUCCUUACUAAAUAAUGUUCCUUUGAUAAUCAUUGUUGUAGCUUCAGGCCAAAUUAUGCUCUUUCAAUCAACGCACUUAUUUUCCACCACUUCCUGGUAAAUAUUUUUCAGUAUUUUGCACUAUUUAUUUACAGUGUAUAAUUUAGUGUCUUGGUGGCCCUUGUGUGGUCUAGAAAUGUGCUCCAAUCUGUGCACACUGUCUUUUUUGAAUCUUGAGCACUUAUUACAUCCUGUUUUAUUUUACACUGAGCUGCUUUUUUUUUUUAAUAAUAACAAAAAAAGCACUUGUACUUUGGUAAUGAAAGAUGCAGUUCGUUUUGGAGUAAAUACAGAAGGCUUAUUGCUUUGUAAAGUGGAUUUUUUUUUCCAUCUCUUAUUUGAAUUUUAAAUUGUGGAUUCAGAUUUAAAGUGUGUAUAACACGUUUCUGUGGUGGACAGAGAAAAGAGUCCACUGUUGCAUAUCUGUACAUAGGAAGUUGUGUUGUAGGGAUGGAUAUGUUGUAAUUUUUCAAUGCUGGCGUUGGUUCUCUCACUCCUUACUGAACAUCCUGUGGUAUUGUGAAUAAAGCCUGGUGUGUCUCAAGACCACUUCUCACCUGGAA